CUCAUGAUGAUUGUCAUACCAGCCGCGACCAAAGAUGGUACCAGUGCUGACUGAGGACGGAGGACAGGCCGCUCAUCUCUUGAUCAGAGAAAAGGAAGCAUAUACCGGUACUCCCGUUCCUCUUGAUUGAGCAGAAAUCUGUCAUGGUGUCUGGUUUGAGAGGGAGGUCGUGAUUCUUCCUCAUACGAGGAGUCACAGCUGAGGACCUGAUGGGGUGUUACAACACUAAGAAGACUGGGCUCGGCUCAAUGAAGAAGCGCCUCCUCCUCCUCUCCUUUCUCUGUGUUUUACCGCUGUGUCUUCUCAAUGCAUGGUGGAGAAGAUUUCCGGCCAAGACAGCUAUAAAUCCUUCCAGCUUCUAUAACAUCACGAUCCUGCUGUGGCAUUGGCCCGACGGCAGGUCGUCGUCCCUGAAGGGGGACACGUGCUGGGAUCUCUACCGUAUCCCUCGCUGUAGACUGGUGGACCAGCGCUCCUUGUUCCCCUCCGCUGAUGUGGUGGUGUUCCACAACAGAGAGCUGGCACUGGGCCACCAAAAGCUGCCCCUUGACCUUCCACGGCCACAGGGCCAGAGGUGGGCCUGGAUGUCCCUGGAAGCCCCUAUUCACAAUGGAAAGUUGCAUCAGUAUGCAAAUAUAUUCAACAUGACCAUCAGCUAUAGGAGAGAUGCUGAUGUCACUAUUCCAUACGGCCAGCUGCUACCAAAGGAGGCUGAAGGACAUCUGGUGGACAAUGUCCCUCUCAAUAAGAGCUCCUUGGCCUGUUGGGUGGUCAGCAACUACAGAAAUCACCACAAGAGAAGCAAAGUGUACAAAGAGUUAAAGGCAGUAGUUCCUGUGAAGGUUUACGGACGUUGGACCGAUACACCUCUUUCCCAAGAUGCCCUCUUACCUACAAUCUCUCGCUGCUUCUUCUACUUGGCUUUUGAGAACUCAAUCAGCAAAGAUUACAUCACAGAAAAACUGUGGAGGAAUGCUUACCAAGGUGGCGCGGUGCCUGUCGUCCUGGGACCCCCGUUAGGCGACUACAAAUCUGUGGCUCCACCUAAUUCUUUUAUCCGGGUCGAUGAGUUUGCAUCAGUCAAGGACUUAGGAGAGUAUCUACAGCAGCUUGCAGAGGACAAGAAACGCUACAGUGAAUAUUUCACUUGGAAACAUCAGUGGACAGUAAAGUUGUACAAAGACUGGAGGGAGAGACUGUGUAAGAUCUGCUCACAUUACAACAGCUUACCUCAGGAGAAAGUUUACUCCAGUCUAGAGGCCUGGGUCAAGGGCUAAUAACACUUGAGCUUGCAUAUACAUAGUUAAUGUGUAAUUUAUCACAUUUUUGGAGGAUUAGCAUCCUUGAUAUUUCAGGAAAAUCCCUUUUUAAGGGCACUUUGGAAACAUGCUUAUUCACUGUGAGCACCUACCCAACACAACUUACAUUAACUAUUUCAUACUAAGAAUGACCAAGAGAAAUAAGUCCCCAUUGAUAUCCGUAGCUCUUUUUAUCAAACACGUGGAGUAAAAUGGAUUUAACUUUUUUAGAGCUGUGCUGUUUAGCAUUUUUCCUCUUUAAAACUCAUGUACAAGCACAAAGGUUACUGUAAACACUGAUGCACUUCAAUGUAAUUGAAAAACAAAAGCAUUAUAGUUUAUGUCUGGUGGACACUGUUAAGGGCUUUAAAACACAUUCAAAAAUUAAACUAGUGUCGAUAAAGUCUGCAUUUGUUUUCAUGUAAAAUAGUUACAUAUUGUACUCAAAACAGAAACAUGUGAACCAUUUGAUCUAAAUUAAAGUCAAAUUAGCUUCAGUGUGCUCUAUUCUACUGAAGAGAAAGCUUGGAAUCUUCAUGAACUACAUUGUAAAUAUUUUAGUAGAGCUGCAUUAUUCAAAAGGCUAGCCUGUUGAAGUAUUCGGGCUUGGAGAUGUCCGAGACUCUUUUUAAAUAUUUGUUGUCUGGUUUCAACUUCCCUUCCCAAAUUAAAAGAUUGUUUACUUAA